AUGUCCUUCGUGAAUGGACGUUUGGCCAAAGCGUAUGCCACCGCUCACGGAAUGGAUCAAGAGGCUGCCAUUGCCGAAAUCAUAUCGAAAAUUGAAAACACUACUCCCGUUCCGCACGGAGCAACAAAAGUGAGCUCGGACGCGACCACAUCACGAUUGACGGACGUGAAAAGCUUCACCGGAUCGCAUAAGGAACGAUUCGAUGCGGUCACUGGGAAAGGGCGUGGACUGGAAGGUCGAACGGACAAACCACCAGCAUUCACAACCUCCGGAAUUUCCGCCCCAAGGAAAUAA